AUGAUUUUCGAAUUAUUCGCUGAUGUAGUACCAAAAACAAGCGAAAAUUUCAGACAAUUUUGCACUGGAGAAUUCAGAAAGGAUGGAGUACCUUUAGGGUAUAAAGGAGCUAGUUUCCACAGAGUUAUUAAGGAUUUUAUGAUACAAGGAGGUGACUUCGUUAAUGGCGAUGGAACAGGAGUGAUGAGCAUCUACGGAGGCGGCACCUUCCCCGACGAAAACUUCACCAUAAAACACGACACUCCAGGCCUCCUGUCAAUGGCGAACAGCGGGAAAGACACGAACGGCUGCCAGUUCUUCAUCACAUGUGCCAAGUGUAACUUUCUAGAUGCCAAACACGUCGUGUUUGGUAGAGUGAUAGAUGGACUGUUGGUAAUGAGGAAGAUAGAGAAUGUACCCACUGGGCCCAAUAAUAAGCCUAAGAUACCUGUUACAAUAGUACAGUGUGGACAGAUGUAG